AAAAAGGUCAAUCAUAAACCUUCACUGGCAACUUGAUCGUCAUCACAUCUUAAUCGUAUCAUUAUUCGAAUACCAUUAUCUUACUCGUAACUUUAAAUUUAAAUUUUCACUAAAAUAAUUCAUCAUGUUUGUUUGCGUACCAAAACGUUUACUUAGUCAAUUGAAUGCCUUUAAUCAUUCAUUACGAGCACUGUCUACAUCACCCAAGAUCAAUUCCAAGGUCACUGUUCUAGGUGCCAGCGGCGGUAUUGGUCAGCCUUUGUCAUUGUUGAUGAAACAAAAUUCGUUAGUCUCUGAAUUGGCUCUUUACGAUAUUGCUCACACUCCCGGUGUUGCGGCUGAUUUGAGCCAUAUCAAUACGAAAGCACGUGUGGCUGGUUUUGUCGGACCUGACCAGUUGGCUGAUGCAUUGAAAGGUGCUGCUGUUGUUGUAAUACCAGCCGGUGUCCCACGAAAACCGGGCAUGACUCGCGAUGACCUCUUCAAUACGAAUGCUUCAAUUGUACGAGAUCUUUGCGAAGCUGCUGCACGCAAUUGUCCAACAGCUUUUAUCGCUAUUAUUUCGAAUCCUGUCAAUUCUACAGUACCGAUAGCAUCUGAAGUGUUCAAAAAGCAUGGUGUCUAUGAUCCAAAUCGUAUAUUUGGCGUAACCACAUUGGAUGUUGUCCGUGCCAACACUUUUGUAGCUGAAGCUAAAGGCUUAGAUCCUUCGACAGUGAAUAUUCCAGUCAUCGGUGGUCAUGCUGGUAUUACCAUUAUCCCAUUGUUAUCUCGUGCCGAACCAUCGGUAUCGUUUAGCGAUGAUAAAGUGGAUGCAUUAACCAAACGGAUUCAAGAUGCUGGAACCGAAGUUGUGAAAGCUAAAGCAGGAACUGGUUCGGCCACAUUAUCCAUGGCUAUGGCUGGAGCACGUUUUGCAAUUUCGUUAUUGCGAGCAUUGAAUGGUGAACAAGUUGUCGAAUGUUCGUACGUCAAAUCGGAUGUUGUACCCGAUUUGAGCUACUUUUCUACACCAUUACAAUUGGGCAAAAAUGGUUUGGUCAAAAAUUUAGGUAUUGGUAAAGUGAAUAAAUAUGAAGAGGAAAUGAUCCAAAAGGCAAUACCCGAAUUGAAAGCAUCUAUUAAAAAAGGCGAGGAUUUUGUUGGCUCCAGUUAAAUUUCGGAUAAUUUUCCUUCAACCAGUAUAGAAAAAAAAGACAAAUCUGGAAUAAAUUGUUGAAUCGCAAAAUUUAUUAUUAU